AUGUCUUCACUGACGUUUGCUCAAUUGAAAAGGAAUGCUGCUGACCUGCCUGCGGGAAACUACACGGUAAAGCAAUGGUUAAACUCAGUGCGGAAGCUGCUAGACGAGGCGAAAUCUGCUAAGAAAAGGGGUGAUCCUGAAACCGUCUACGUAUGUGGUGUAAGAGCAUCUACUAUUAUACUAAAGACCUUACCGAACCACGUGGGUCUAGAGGAGGCUCUCAAGGAUACGAUUAUUAAAACAAAUUACCAAAAGCUUAAGGAUGAAGUCAAGGACAUUUUAACCGAAGCAGAAAAUGCGGCAAAGAUAUUGCAAGGGAAGGAAGACGAAAGAAAUAGAUCGGAAGCGAAAGUUCAAACCGAGAAUAUGCAAAUGCCACAACCGAUAUCGUCACCUUCAUCCCAAAUUCCACAGAACGACAUCGCUGUUGAUCAAAAAUUGGAAUCACCACCGAAUCCUGAAUUGUCUCGCUCUCCCGUUUACAUAGUAGGAGGUAACAUGAUUGGCAAUGUGACAUCGACUUCGGAUCCAAAUGUUCCCGUCGCGAUACCCUCUCCGUUAAAAGAUUUUCCCCCGUGCGAAGCGAUACAGGCCAAUCAAUUGCGCAAAUUUUUGGACAUGAGAGAGGACCCUCCAUCCAUUUUGGUGCUUGAUGUUAGGAAUAGAGCGGAGUUUGACAAAGGUCACAUCAAAACGAAGAACAUUGUUUGCUUGGAGCCAUUUCUCCUGAAAGAUGGUAUUUCCUCCAUAGACAUUGAAGCAAGGUUGUCGCUCUCUCCCAAACAUGAAAGGGACCUUUUUUCCAAUCGCCAUGCGUUUGAUUUGAUUGUAUAUCACGAUCAAGAUUCUGUCUGUCUAAACAAGUCGAUAUAUAAUGGCAACGUGAUGCAUAAUUUAUUUAAAGCAAUCACUGAAACAGAAUUUAAGAAGCGAUUGCCUAGAGAGCCGGUAUUACUUAACGGUGGAUUUAAGGCAUGGGUUCGAUUAGUGGGUAAUAAUGGAAUUGAAUGCAAUGACAGUGAGCAAGUUGAUGAAAGUGACCUUGGUGGAUCGGGUGUCAAUAUUCCGACAAGGGACAGAAAAAUCGAGGAUGGGGACCGAUCGAAACGAAGUGGACUCGUAAUUUCGGAUGAGAGCUCAGCUUGGAUUGAUUCCUUUGGUGAUUUGAGAAUAUCGACGUCUCCUCAACGACAAGAAGAUAUUUUUAAUAAGAUAAAUAAUAACGAGGUCAUCAGUCUCGGCAGAUCUUCAUACAUUACAAGUUACAUGGAUUUUUACUCACAACUUAGCAACUCACAAGUGCAAUCUAUGACCGGAUCAAAUUACGCGAACACUAAUAAUUAUUCCUCGGCAGGCGUUGCAACAAGACCCGUGGGCCCUCCAAACAAGCCAUUACCGCAAAAACCUUCACAGAAAUCAUCAGUUGAUUCAUCGUCGAGCGCGUCACCCAAUUCUAAUGAAAAAUCAAACACCAACUCAUCAGGGACGUCCUUAAAACGUCGUCUCACUAUUUUUGAUCAUCCAUAUCAUGGUUUUAGUGUGGUGGAAAAUCCAGAAUUUCUCCCAUUAUCUCAACAAGCACAAAUACCACCACCACCAAAACCAAAAAGACCGUUGCCACAGACACCAAUUCCAAAAUCCGAUGAUAAGACUGUGACCAAUGAAGUCAUUGAAAUGCCAUCACCUCAACAGACCACCGGUGGCACACAGGACACACAUAUGGCCAUGAGUUAUCGUCCCGAGCAAAUCCACCAUGCUUCGGAGAACAGCUUCUCGCAACUGGGUUACGGAAUUGGCUCGACCGGGUUAAAGAAUCUGGGAAAUACCUGUUUCAUGAAUUCUGUUAUUCAAUGUUUGAGCGGUACGGUUCCAUUUGCCAGGUAUUUUCUGGAUGGUAGUUACAAACGACACAUAAACAAGGACAAUCCUUUCGGAACCAAAGGUGUUUUGACCGAAGCAUUUGCAACAUUGAUUCGAGCGAUGUGGAGUGAAAAUUAUACGUUCGUUUCACCAGUAACAUUCAAAGAUGCCAUCGGUCGUUUCGCCCCACAAUUUUCAGGAUCAGAUCAACACGAUUCACAAGAGUUUCUUGCGUUCUUGCUAGACGAACCUCAUGUUGCUUCUGGAAUAGAGUGGGAGAAAUAUUUGAUGCGAGAUAGUUCGGUGGUAGUCAGUUUAUUUCAAGGUCAAUUCCGUAACCGAUUGACGUGCAUGAUAUGUCAAAGAACAUCCACCACAUAUAAUGCAUUUAUGUAUUUGUCAUUGCCCAUUCCUCAGAAAUACAAAGGAGAACGCAUUGACCUAGAGACAUGCUUGAAACAUUUCGUCAAAGAGGAGGUCAUGGAAGGAAAUGAUGCAUGGCAUUGUCCUCGGUGCAAUUGCCGUAGGCGAGCUACCAAACAACUUACUAUUUCUCGGCUGCCAGAUGUCUUGCUGAUACACCUAAAAAGAUUUUCGUUCGAUGGUCCCUUUAGGAAUAAACUUGAGACCAUGGUAGAUUUUCCCCUACGCAAUUUGGAUUUGACCACGUACGUUCCAGCUCAAAUGUCACAACCCACUUCCACCGACAGUUAUCAGUGGAAGAGUGAUAUUCCUGGAAUAGGUAACAUACGACAAACAGGACCAUUUGUGUAUGAUCUGUAUGCAGUUUCAAAUCAUUACGGUGGAUUGAACGGAGGACAUUAUACCGCGUGUGUACGAAACGGGUAUAGACAUGAAUGGCGCAACUUUGAUGAUAGCCGUGUUUCUAUGUGUGACAUGCAAGAUGUUAAGGUAUUUUUUUGA